AUCAACCACGAACAAAACCUCGGGCACGUCGGGUGUUUAGACGUCUGCUAGGAUGGCAGCGGUUCGGUUGUUGGGAAUUUUAUUCCUAAAUUUAUCAUUAUCAAUAAUUGUUGCAAUAGCAGAGCGAGACUUUUACUCGAUUUUAGAAAUAUCGAGAAGUGCGAGUACACAUCAAAUAAAAAAGGCUUACCGAAAAUUAGCGAUUAAAUUGCACCCUGACAAAAAUUCCCAAGAUCCUGAUGCAUCCCAGAAGUUCCAGGAUCUGGGAGCUGCCUAUGAGGUGCUUUCGGAUCCCGAUAAGCGAGAAAUGUACGAUAGAUGUGGAGAAGAGUGUCUGAAAAAAGAUGGAAUGAUGAACAAUGCCGAUCCUUUUGCCAGCUUUUUCGGAGAUUUUGGUUUCCACUUUGGUGGCGAGUCGCAACAGCACCAAACUCCCAAGGGAUCCAAUAUUCUCAUGGAUCUUCCGGUCACACUUGAAGAAUUAUAUAGUGGAAAUUUUAUUGAGAUAACGAGAAAUAAGCCUGUUAUGAAAGCCGCAAAGGGGACCAGAAAGUGCAAUUGCAGACAAGAAUUAGUCACUCGUAAUUUAGGCAAUGGAAGGUUCCAAAUGAUGCAGCAGAAUGUUUGCUCGGAAUGCCCGAAUGUGGAAUUAGUCAAUGAAGAACGAAUUCUGGAGGUAGAAGUCGAACCAGGAAUGGUUGAUGGACAAGAAACGAAAUUCACUGCAGAAGGCGAACCUCAUUUGGAUGGAGAUCCGGGAGAUUUAAUUUUGAGAAUUCGAACCCAGCCGCAUUCUGUAUUUGAACGAAUAAAUGAUGACCUUUACACUAAUGUGACGAUAUCGCUUCAAGAUGCUUUGAUUGGUUUUACCGUCGAUAUUACGCAUUUGGACGGUCACAAAGUCACUCUAACGCGAGACAAGGUGACGAAACCUAAUUCUCGAAUUCGAAAGAAGGGCGAAGGUAUGCCUAAUUUUGACAAUAACAAUCUUCACGGUAAUUUGUACAUCACAUUCGACAUCGCCUUCCCGGAAAAAGACUUUACGGCCGAAGAAAAAGAAGCAAUCAAGAAGCUCUUGAAUCAGAGUUCCGCUAACAGGAUAUACAAUGGGAUUCGAGGAAAUUGAAAAUGAGGUACUAUAGAUUCCAAUUAAAGAGGAGGAAAAAUCGCAUUGAUUGCGCAAAACUUCAUCCUUGCAUCGGGUGCAUCCAAAUUUCGUUUCCUCCUCAAAAACAACCAAAAAAAUUCAGUCCAUAUUUCUCGAUUCGUACUCUAGCUUUCCAAAAUUCUGAAAAAGAACUUUCUCAGAAGUUUUACAAGACUGGUAGAUAAAAAUUCGACGCGCAUCGAUGUUCGCGAGAACGUUUGAAAGGAUUAAAUGAAUGAUUUAACUUGAUUGUUUAAGUUAUUGUUUAUACUGCUCUAUGAGUAAUGAAUUUCUGAGGUAUCGUCAAAAAUAUAUUUUUUACGUGCCUAACUGAAUGGAUUGAUAGUAGUGGAAGUGUGUAUAUAUAAA